GCAAGAGAAGGUUCUGUAUUCUACCAGGCUGUGGCCUCGCAGCCUUCUACAGCAGUUGCUUUCUGGGCUUCAUGUUCACCAAACUAUGGGGACCUCUUCCAACUGAGACACACCAACUCAUACAGGGUUUCUGAUUUUUGUGAACUUGGAGCAGGUUAAGGCCGGCCAGGAUUCGAGGGUUACAUCCUGUGUAGGCUCUGUCAUCAGGACACAGCAGAAUUCAGACGUUAACAGGAAACAGCAAUGGAGGGAAAGCGUCUUGUUAUUGUGUAUUUUCUGUGGAUGCUGCCACGGGGACUGAAUGGCACAGUGACACUUCAGCCUAACCUCCACUCUACCAACUUCAGAAGCAGUGAGGUUACUGCAACUUCAGACAAAGUUUCACCCUUAGAAAUGUCUCAAGAGCCCCUCAACAACGCACCGGAUGAAGGACAACAUAGCACCGUAGCACCUUCAGUUGAGUUGAAGCUCACAGUGAAGAGUGAACCACAGACUUCAGACCAGGUGUCGACCAGAAACAUUCUCAGCCACGAUCGGCCUUCAAUGCAGCCUUUGCGUAUGAGCACAAAGAGGAACUCCCAGUCACCUCAGGACCGCCAAACAACCAGAUAUAAAAACAAGUCUACGGUGGAGAUCACAGCAGAUGGAGCCCAGGAAACUUCGCCCACUAUGUGGAAUCAACCUCUGGUAAGGCAAGUUACACCCUCCGGCAAGGACGAAGUAAGUCCAACAGCAUCACCUAGACCUUCUGAGUUGUCCACUCAAACAACCUCACCGACACCAAAUCAACCAACAGAGAUCCAAAUGGGGCCUACUCCGUCCAAUUCUCCAAUGUCGCAGUCCAACGACACCACAGAGAGGAAACGACCCACGCCAACUGGUGUUGGAUUUGGAGUGACACCGACUAGAGCGGAAUAUACUUUGAACACAGGUGGAGAGGCUCAACUACCCAGCACCCCCUCCCAGGCCCCAGUCACAAGCAGGAGAUCAACCCCUUCACACCCCACUGAAAGAGGUCCAACAGGCCCAUCUGAGCUGCCUAGUGCUGCCACUUCACCCACCACCCUACCUCCAUCUACAGCCAUGACCAAAUCUUCAACCCACGUCUCCACUCCAUGGACGUCGACCCAGCCUGCCAAGACCCUUGCCACCACUGAAGCCUCUGUUACUUCUAGUAUUGACGUUACCAGCAGCAAGGGCCAAUCCGGGCCAAUGGUCCCCACUAAAAAAGAAGUUGCCAAUGCCACCACCACGGCAAAAAAGAAACCAAAGCCUCCGACAAAAACUGCAAACCAAGACGAGAGAAAAAAGACGGGGAACCAUGGCACAGCGGUGGCUGUACUGAUUGGUGGGACACUGUUCAUGAUGCUGGUGGGUUUUGGGGUCAUCUUCGUGAGGAAGCAAAGACAACAGAGGAUGCAGCUGCAGAAUACAGCCUGGGCCGGCCCCUCUCCGUUUCUGUACGGUGGAGUCCAGUCUCAACUGGAUAAUGACGAUAGUGGUGAUGUCCAUCUGAGGGGCUCCAAUGGGAUCUCCUUCUCUGGCUUCUUGUCUCAGCGACUCUCCAAGAGGUUCUCUCUGAACCAGGAUACUGACCAGGAAUUCCGGAUGGGUGAGAUUCCGGCAGGAAGUACAUUCGGAAGAGAGACUGUUUCAGAUUGUUAAACCGUGCAACGGGACUGCUGCGUUGAGCAAAGAAAAUACCCAGACUGAGGAGGUACAACUUCCAGACAACUCCUCAUCUCCUCCGCCACCGACGUCUUCAGAGACCACUGCCACAGCACCCACCCAUUACCAUCAGCCUCCUGCCUCCUUGCAGGAUGUUGAUCUGGGGCCAGACAAUGCUCCCAAUCGCUCUUCCUCUCAUACGCCACCAGAUAUCCCAGAAACUGUUCCUCCACCACUGUUGGGUGUUCACCUGCGUCCCCCCUCAGACCAGGCCAGCCCCCCUCCACCAGAGAGCACAUAUUUCUCCAUCCCCCCGGACCCGCCUUUACCCAUCUCCAAGCAGUGACAGAUAGCAACACAGGAAACCCACUCUCCUCCCCCACCACCCAACAAAGGAAACCACUUUAACCAAAAAACUAAACUGAUGCUUAUCAGUGUUUUGCUUCCUCUAUCUAUACCUCCAUCUGAUGAAACAUUCCACGAAACAGAUCUUCAACUAGGCCUAUAGCCAUAGUUUGAUUGUCAAAACCAAGCUAACCCUCUCCCUAUUUAACAGGAUAACUGACAUUGGCCACAAUAAUCAGCUUUCUUUGGUAUGAAGGCAACCAAAUGUACACUCAGAAAGCUUUCCCAAAUGUUUUGAUUCAAGAUGUGGACACUGUUCAGAUCCAUUUUAAUUCAGCCUGACCAAUCUGUAGCAGUGAUAUUUAUUUCAUGCUACAAUAAUUGCUUUUCUCCAGUGUACUUUUUGGAGAGAAAGACACAGGAAGUAAAGGCCUAAACAUCAGCAUCAUACCCAGUGGUGAGAUUAUUCAGAGAAGGAUGCACUGCUAAAGUAAUGUAAUUGUGUGUGUGUGUGUGUGUGUGUGUGUGUGUGUGUGUGUGUGUGUGUGUGUGUGUGGCAAGUGAACAUUCUCAGCACAUAAGUCAAGUCACUGAAAACAAUCUACCCAGGCUGAAACAUUCACGGUGAAAGAGGAAGUACAAAAAAUAAAUGAAACGAAAGUGUGAUUUAUAUAAUUAAACUGAGGAACAAUAGAUAGAAAGGGAUAGAAUGAAUGUGAGAAAGAGUGAGCAGGGAGUUAGUCUCUCAGUGGGGCUGGCCCAACACUGUUAGUGAGUGCCUUACUGCAGUGUUGCAGUCGCUCCCAGUGUACUUCAGAGCUGUGCAGCAGUACACUAACAGUAAAGAGAGAGACAGAAAGAGGGAAAUGUCAGACCCACAAAAAAUGCCUCAAUGUCUCAUCUGAAGAGAAACCACAGAAACAAGAUGGGAGAGGGAAAGCAACCACCACACCCAUCUCAUCUACCCAUACUUGUCAACAAAUGAGAUGUUAAAUACUCGUUGUUCAUCAAUCACGUAUUUAUGCAAUA